UCUCCUUCAAUGGAACUAGACUUCGACAACCUAUGCGCGAUCCGCGUCCUAGGCCGGGGAGCCACCGGCACCGUCUUCCUCGUCGCCGACCGUUCAUCUCCAUCAACUCCACCCUUCGCCUUAAAAGUCGUCGAGAAACACAACCCGUCGGCGAAGCCCGACACCGAGAGCCGAGCCCGGUGGGAGCUGUCCGUACACUCCUGCCUCCUUACCGACCGCCACCCCUUCCUCCCUUACCUCAUUGGCUACGCCGAAACCCCUGACCUCCUCGCUUGGGCCAUCCCCUUCUGCCCCGCCGGCGACCUCAACUCUCUUCGCCACUCCCUCUCACCCGACCGCGUCUUCUCCACAUCCGCCAUCCGCUUCUACCUCUCCGAACUCAUCUCCGCGCUUUCCCACCUCCAUUCCAUCGGCAUCGUCUAUCGUGACCUUAAACCCGAGAACGUCCUACUCCAAUCCUCCGGCCAUAUUCUUCUCACAGAUUUCGACCUCUCACGACACCUUACCCCACGAAACGUUUCCCCAAUUCCAUCAACCACCUUUCCCUUACCGUAUGUAAACCACCGCCGCCGCCGCAACCGCCAUUGCAGUAAAAUCACCCGCAUCUUCUUCAGCGCUCAAAAUUCUGUCUUUCUCCCGACCCCACCAGACCUCAAGAAGGCGAAAUCCGCAAGGGUCUCCCCGGUGAGCCGGGUGGAGCGGUCCCACUCAUUUGUUGGCACGGAGGAGUACGUCUCGCCGGAGGUGGUUAGGGGCGACGGGCAUGAGUUCUCCGUGGAUUGGUGGGCACUGGGUAUUCUGGCCUACGAGAUGGCUUAUGGCCGGACGCCGUUUAGAGGGCGGAACAGGAAGGAAACUUUCCGUAACGUGCUGACGAUGAAGCCCGAGUUUGUUGGGAAUUACCCGUCCGAAUUGACGGAUUUGAUUGUGAGGCUCCUUGCAAAGGAGCCAGAGAAGCGUUUGGGGUAUUCCGGAGGAGCCGAGGAGGUGAAGGCGCACCCGUUCUUUACUGGAUUGAGAUGGGAAAUGCUCGCCGACGUUGGGCGCCCGCCGUUUCUAGCGACAGCGGAGGAGAUUGAGGAAGGGGAGGUGAGGUUACCUGAUGUCGAUAGAACCGUCGGGUUUGAUGUGAGGGAUUAUUUCAAGAAGCUGCGGCAACGGCACGCGGUCACGGCAACAUCGCCGGCGUCGGUGUCGUUGACGGAAUUCUGACGGUAACGAUAGAGAUCUUUAUUUUACUAUUUUUGGAUAGGGGCUGAAUGGUUUGCCUGAUUUGGUGGGCACUGGAAUCAUAGUAGACGAGGUAAUGGUUAAG